UCGAAGCAGGAAGGCUUCCCUGGGAAUGUUAUUUUCGUGGACAAGUUUGCCCCUUUUCGACUUGCCCUACGGCGAUGGGAUAUGUACUCCCCCACCUCCCUUCACCAUCCGAAACGACCUGGACCCGUCAAGUCAAUGCAAACCGCUCUGCUUCUCCAGACCAUUGCCGACCUGAGAUGGACCUCGCAAGGAGAGAAUUGGUUGUUCGUUUAUUGAUUUGUUGGUUGAGUGAAGUUCAUGCGGAGCGUGGAUGGCUUUUCUCUAUGUGUGGUGUUGUUGCUCUGUGGAUGCGGAGACGUCGUUUAAGUGAUGCCUCAUCUUCCGUGAACUGUCGUUUAAGGAAUGUCUCAUCUUCCCUGAGCUGUCGUUUAAGUGAUGUCUCAUCAACUUCCACGAACUUCAAUGCUAGGAGCGCUCACCUGAAGAAAUUGGUUUGUAGUAGUGAUGUCACUUGCUAUAAGCUACUUAAAAUGCAUAGGAGAACAUUUGACCAGCUCUGUCAAAUGCUUGAUAGUAUAGGGGGACUAAAGCCUAUUAAUAAUGUGGCUGUCGAUGAACAAGUGGCUAUUUGUGUGCAUAUACUGGCUCAUCCUGUGAAGGAUAGGGUCAUACGGUUCAAUAUUGGGAGAUCUGGAGAAACUGUAAGUAGGUAUUUUUCUUUGGUUCUUAAUGCUAUAAUGGAACUAUAUGAAGAGUUAUCGAAGAAACCUGAGCCGGUGCCGGAGGAUUCAACAGACGAGAAGUGGAAGUGGUUCAAGCAUUGUCUUGGAGCUGUGGAUUGUGCUCAUAUCAAGGUGAAGGUGCCUCUGGCUGAUCAAGUUAGGUAUCAUAACAGGAAAGGAGAAAUCACUACUAAUGUACUGGGGGCUUGCUCUCAAGAUGGACAAUUUACCUUUAUCUUUCCUGGAUGGGAAGGAUCUGCGACUAAUAGGAGGGUGUUGUGCGACGCAGUUAGCAGGAGGCAUGGAUUUAAAGUUCCUCAUGGUCAAUAUUAUUUGGUUGAUGGUUGGUUCACCAGUUGUGAAGGUUUCCUUGCACCAUACAAAGGUAAAAGAUACCGCUCAAACCAAUUGAGAGAAGAGCAUUACCCUGGAAUAUUACAUGAGUGCUACAACACGCGACAUUCUUUAGCACUUAAUGUGAUAAAGAGAUGCUUUGGUUUGUUAAAGCUGAGGUGGGCAAUUCUUAGGAACCCACCUUUUUUCAAAGCAGUUCGUACGUACAAUCUGGUGAUAUUUGCAUGCUGCUUAUUGCAAAACCUGAUUCGUCAAGAUGGUGCAGACCCACUUGAGGAUGAAUUAGCUGACAUGGAAGGUGAAAUAUUCAACGAGCUUAUAGGCAAAAGCGCAAAGAGAUGAACUUGGUCAGGAUAGGUUGACUGUGAUAUAUGUUAGACCGUUUUUUGUGUUUUUUUUUUUUGGCCAAAGGAUGAACCGAUGGAUAAGUACUGUUUUUAAUUUUUUUGAUUUAAUCAUGCCCAGCACUCGACUUUCCGUCUUUGAGAAAGUUGACUGCUUCAUUAGCGUAUUAGGACAAGGUGUUGUCAUCCACCAAGCGGUACCCCGUAUCCACCGUCUAAGCAUUUUGCAGAUUAACGGAGUGUAUUUAGCUUAUAUUGGCACAAAUAUCAAGAUAUAGGAGCGAGUUAUUAACAAAUUUUUUUUUUUUC